AUGAAAUCAUUCACGAUUCGGUCGGCGGCUGCCCUUUCGGCUCUAUUGCUCGCCGUCAGCUUGCCAGCUGCGAAUGCCGCCGACGAAGUGUCCAAGGGUUGCUACAGCAGUGCCGGGUCCCUCGAAGACCAGGGCGCCUACACAUAUCAGAGUGACGGAUACUGCCAGAAACUUUGUUUGGAUGACAACUACUCAGUUUUCGCCCUGACUGGAGGAACGCACUGUCUCUGCGGAAACAAACUGCCGUCCGACUCGGAUAAGACUUCCGAUAGCAACUGUGACAAGGACUGUGCUGGUUGGCCCGAUGUGAAGUGUGGUGGCAAGGAGGCGUACUCCGUCUACCUCACAGGUCUCAAGCAAAAUGUCGACAAAGAAGGUUCCUCGUCUUCAUCCUCGUCCUCGAGCACGUCUUCGAGUACCGACAGCGAAUCGUCAACUACCACCCAGCAAGGUCAUAUGAGCACAAAGGCGGGACAUACGGUUUUCGUUACGUCGGCAAGUCAAACGGGUGCCGAGGCCGCUGCAGAAACAAACAAGGAAGACAAGAAGGACUCGGGUCCGAACACUGCCGCUAUUGCCGCUGGUGUUGUCGUCGGAGUCGUUGGGUUCUGUGCUCUGGUUGGCGCCAUCUUCUUCCUCUGGCGUUUCCGAAGCCGCAAGGCAGCCGAGAACCAAUACCGUCGCAGCGUUGGUGUCGACAACUACGGUGGCAAACCUAUGUCUCAGAGCUCCAUGUCUGACUCCCGAUUUGACGGUGACUUCAUGGCGCAGAGGCGACAAAGCAAUGGUAGCAUUGAUGAUGAUCAGGACUUUUCGCGUCGGAUCUUGCAGGUGACCAACCCUGAUCGCGGCCAUUAG